AGCCGACCGGCUAACGACUUCUUAGUGACCUCCAAUCUUCCUAAUAGCAACACAAUCCUCCCGGACCCGCGACCCGAUGUCUCCAAUCUAGGCGUCACCCAAGCCUCAAUUUCAUCUGCGCCAAUGCCCGAUACCAGCCACGAAGAAGCAUCACCCACUAUCCCACAGUCCAGUCGAAUUAAAAGAAAUACUGCUUGUACCAGUUGCCGGGAUGCUAAGGUGCGCUGCAACCCUAGCCAAAAUCCUGCCCAGCCGUGCCAGCGUUGCGCGAAGCUUCGCCUAAGUUGCGUUGUCGACAGGACUCACAAAAGAGUUAGCCGAAAAAGCAAAUUAGAUGAAUUGGUUCAAGAAAUCCAGUCUAUUAAACAAAGUGUUACUGGACAGAUAACUGCAUCGCCAAAUCAGGCACCCGCAUACACUCAACAGAAUGAGACAAUCGUCCCUUUCAAAGAGUCUGCUCCACCACGGCUGGGAGUGCCAUCCCCCGUGAGCAUUUCCACCGGAGAAGUGGGAGGUCCUACGGUCAUUGCUUCGUCUAACGCCACUGUUGCGCCCUCUUCAGUAAUUCAUACCCCUGAAACUCCUGUAUCUAUUCAAACCCCUGCGGCUGGGCCCGCACUUUCAAGAGCUCUUGGAUCUCAGCCAUUUUCCGGUGAAGAUAUUGAUCACUAUUUUCAAAAAUAUUUCGAGUAUUAUCAUCCGUACAUGCCAAUUGUAAGGCUUAGGGAUCCAAACAAGUGUUAUGAUUCUAGUCCCUUCUUAUUCUGGACCAUCAUCUACAUAGCUUCGCGUCGCUAUGCAAAAAGUCCUACUCUAUUUCCUUUCUUAUUAGAUGCUAUCAAGAAAGAUGCUUUCUCUACCAUAAAUAAUUGGCCUUUAACCCUACCAUCAAUUAAUGCACUCAUCUUGCUCUGCGCAUGGAUCUUUCCGGAUGUGCGGUUUGUUAACGACCCGUCUGCGCUAUUCACUGGCGCUGUAAUGAAUGCAAUCUUACAGCUAGGAAUUCAUUGUGGUAAAGGAAGCCAUCCGGAAUACAGUCAUGGCGUUUUUCAAAAUACUUUCACGGAUGAAGAGGCGGCCUUCACUUGGGCCGGAUACAACAUCAUCUCCCAAAGAGUGUCGUCGUCCUUAGGGCUCCCUACUAUUGGUGGCUUAUUCAAUCAGACUAUCCAGAAUAUCAUCGACGGCAGAACGCCUUUCCAAGUCCCCUCCACCUUCCGUGUUCUCCUAGAGUGCCAGAAAUUCUGCCACCAUGUUUCCGGGACUAUGGCAGCUUGUCUAGAAGAGUCGCGAGGGGUGUCAGCACAUAUAGUCCUACUACUCGAAAACGAAUGGAACGCCGUGCGAGGACUCAUAUGCUCAGAGCGCGCAGACGACCUCGACCGAUUCAAUGCCCUCCUAGUCCAACUCGAAAUCCAAACCUACUACAUGAUCCCGCUCCCCGGGUACGAUUCCGAAGCACUCAAACGCAACAUCAUGCGCACGUACAGCACAGCGCAAGCCGUGAUCCGGUCCGCGCUCGCGCUCGACUCCGACACGGAUUUCCUGCGCCACGUCCCACACUUCCACUUCCGCGCCCUCAUGGCCGCCGGCGGCAUCAUCUACCGCGUCCUCCACUCCUCCUACCUACAACUCAUGGACCGCGCCUCCGCCGAGCGAGACGCCGCCGACGCCGUCACAGCAUCCCGUCGCGCCAGGGUUGCCGAUAACGAUUUACCUACCCGAUUGGGAAACCUGUUCGAGAGCUGGUGUCAUCGCCUUGUCCGCGGCGCCGCUGUUCCCGUGUUUACCGAGGAGCCCGUGUCGAGCUUUUCGCACCGGCUGAGCGCGAGUGUUAUGUAUGAUUGCAUGACGCGCUGGAAGACGGACCAUAUGCCCGGGUGCAGGAAUAAGUUCCAGCCUUUGAAUGCGUGUCCCUGUUUUGGGAGCGGGGCCGCGGCGAACGGACAGAUGGUGAAUGCUGGGACUGGGGUUGGAGUGGGUGGGGAAGGGGCAGCGAGGAGCGAGACACCGGCGAUAUUGGGGGCGGAUGCGUUGCAGAAUAUCGAUUGGACUUUUAUGGAUGAUUUCGAUUGGAGCUUUGAGCCGGUUAUGCCGGGGAUGUCGGCGCCGACGUGAAGGGUUGGGGUGAGGGAAAUACACGAGGAUUCUAGAAGGAUAUAUGUGUGUAAUAAGGUACGUCCUUGUAUAGGUUGUGGAUGUUAUGAGCACAUGAAAUCAAACAGGUUAGACGUCUAACGCUUUAGAAAGUAAUAAUAAAUAUGGCA